AGAAGCUCUUGUGAGUAGGUCGGUCUGUCGACGACUGCCGCCGAACCGGGUGAACCCGCUGCUGGUCGUGUUACCCUCGUUGUUAUCGUGGUCCAAUCGUCCUCCAGGGAAGUGUUUGGGACCAUUUGACCCUUAUGAUGGUCGUUCGCGUUAUUAUUUGUCCUGUGACGCCAUUCACGCGGUUUAUUCGUCACUUCGGAAGUGUUUGAUUCGACGCCGAACUUUUGGCGGAGAAAAGUUUUGGAACUGACUUCCGCCAUAAGUUGGUGUUCCCGGACGAGGCGAUAUAUUUUAUUUGUUAUCUUUGUGUUUUUUUUUUAUAAGUUUUAAAAAACUCGUUUCGGUUUUUAUGUUGUCGGAUAAUUAAGCGUCGUUGAGCAUCAGCUUACUUCGAGUGUUUCAAAAACUACAGCCAGUAGUAGGCUGAAACUUCAGGAGCAACAAGUUUUCGAAACCUGUGCAUUCUUCACGUCUGCCGCAAGACCACCUCGAUGGCCGGACCCUCGAAGUCCGAGUUCUGAGGCGACUGGUCACCUGAGUAUUAGCAGCAGCCAUGGCUGAUAUGGAGCUGGCGAAGGUCUACAAGCGCUACCAGUGGCGGCUGAGGCAGUCGGCUUUUCUGGCCGUUGUGACCAUCGGUGCCGUGGCUGCUUGUGCGCUCUUUGCUGCUACCGUUCACGCCUCCGAGAAAGGAGAAUGGCCAGAUUCAGCAGUGAUUUUCGGUACCUAUGGAGGUAUACUCGUCAUCAUGAUGGGGCUAGUGCAGGUCUUCACGGGCAACUUCAGCGCCAUCUCCGUCGUCCUCGCCCUGGCCUUCUGGGCGAUUACAGUGGGCGUCAUCCUCAGCCUGAGUCUCAUCUACGACACCUUCACGCCCGACCACCUGGCCACGCCCACCUUCCUGCUCAUCCUGACGACCCACACGGCCAUCCCCAUCUCCCGUCGCUUCGCCAGGCUCCUGGCGGCCGUGUCCUCCGUCAUACCCUUCCUGCCCCUCUGCGGUGGGCAUUCCGAGGACGUGCUCCUGGUGAGGCAGAUCGUAGGAUGCCUACUCCUGAUCACGGCCGGGCACACCUUGGGCUGGUGGCUGGACUGGGAGGCCGCCCACGCCCACAACCACGCCCGCAGCUCCACCCUCGAGGUCAUCGAAGGGCGGGUGAAGCUGGAGUGCGAGAGGGAGCGACAGGAGCAGCUGCUGCUGUCUGUCAUUCCUGCUUAUAUUGCAGCUGAGGUGAAGAGGCACGUCUUGGAGAGCAUGGAGAUGCCCCCCAAUGCCCAGCCCAAGAAGCAGUUUCACGAGCUCUACGUCCAGCGACACAAUAAUGUUAGCAUCCUGUACGCCGACAUCGUCAACUUCACUCCCCUGUCGGAACAGCUGACCGCCAGCGAACUCGUGAAGACCCUCAAUGACCUCUUCGGCCGCUUCGACCAAAUCGCACAGGACAACCAUUGUCUGCGAAUCAAGAUCCUAGGAGACUGUUAUUACUGCGUGUCCGGACUUCCGGUCUCUCGCCCGACUCAUGCAGUCAACUGCGUCAAGAUGGGGCUGGAAAUGAUAGAGGCUAUCAGGAAGGUGAGAGAAGCCGUUGGAUACAAUGUGGACAUGCGUAUCGGAAUCCACACUGGCAACGUCCUCUGCGGAAUCCUCGGCCAACGAAAGUGGCAGUACGAUGUUUGGUCGGAUGACGUCACCUUGGCGAACCACAUGGAAUCGGGCGGAGUCCCCGGCCGGGUCCAUGUGACGCGGGCCACGCUGAACCAGCUGGAUGACCGGUUCCACGUGGAACCGGGUGAAGGACACCUCAGAGACCAGUACCUGGCGGACCACAAAGUCGAGACCUUUCUCAUCGUUGCCCCGAAGCAGGACGAGAACGAGCAGGGCGGAGGGGAGAAGAAGCGACGAAUUCGUCCCGGCCUCAAUAAAUACAGCGACCACUGGGGUGCGAAUCGACCCUUCGCUGUUCUCAAGGAAAACAUGGCGCAGAACAUUAGAGUUGCCAGCGCUGCCACGAUCGAGUCCAGCCUCCUACCCUCCAGACCAAUGCUCUUCGACUGCAGUGCUGCCACAGAUGGUGAUUCGUCUUGGUACAGUGGCUGGUGGGGUUGUGGGAAAGAGGUGGAGUACAGGAGGAGAGAACAUGACACCCACCACCUGGCCUUAGCCAUCGCUUGUUCCUUGGCUGCUGUCAUCAUUCUACUGGUGAUCAUUGCAAUUCCAGUAGACUGUUGGUGGCUCUGGUUGAUUUUAUUCAUCUGUACAAGUGUGGUUGUGACUGUGGCUGCGUAUGGCUGGUUCUGUGGGAGGUCUGUAGUCACAAAGAAAUGGUCAGCAAGAAUAGUGACCUCCGCUUUGGUGAUAACUGCUGCUGCCCUGUUGGCUCUGUCUUGGCUGGUAGUGCCUAUAAACACGACUGCUAUCUCUCAAGCUGACCUUGCAUUGCCUUUUGAGAACCUUACAAGAUUUCAGGCUGAUGAAAUUAUUCAAGAAAUUGAGAACACACAGCUAUGGUUCUGGAGUUUCCUUGUUUCUGUUGGAGUUAUUGCAGUUUUUCCAAGGGUAGGAGCCUGUACAAAACUUAUUGUCAUGCUGACAUUAUCCGCCACACAUGCACAAGGGCUCUUCUUCCAUCAAGACAACAUAUUAAUUAUGUGGAUGAUGUUCAUCUAUGAAAGGUUGCCAGGCAUUGCAUGGUGGGGAGUCAUUGCAGUACAAGUCUUAGCUCUAGUAGGCAUACUAGGUGUGCUAGGAGGGCAAAGUGAAGCACGAGCAAGGACACACUACACAUGGGCUUCCAAAGUUGCAGUGGAGCAGGAGGAAGUGGAAACUACAAGGGGUAUCAAUAAACUACUCCUGGAGAAUAUUCUUCCAGCUUAUCUUGCCCAUAGGUUCCUUGAAGGCGCUGAUGAAAAUGAAACUCCUCAGCAACAAGAAUUGUACCAUGAGCGAUACAGCAGUGUAGGUGUAAUGUUUGCUUCAAUUCCCAACUACAAAGAAUUCUAUGACGAGACAGACGUUAACAAACAAGGUCUUGAAUGUUUGCGUUUGUUGAAUGAAAUCAUUUGUGACUAUGAUGAGUUGCUCCAGAAACCAAAGUUCAGCCUCGUAGAGAAAAUCAAAACAAUUGGCAGUACAUAUAUGGUUGCGGCUGGUCUUCACCCAGGGAAAGAGGAAGCUCAAGACAGAACAGAGCACUGCCUAGUGUUGUUAGUAGAAUUUGCCCAGUCUAUGGCGUCUGUCCUUGAUGCCAUAAACAAAGAAAGUUUCCAGAAUUUCAAGCUGAGAGUUGGUCUCUCACAUGGCCCUGUUAUUGCUGGUGUAGUUGGUGCACAAAAACCUCAGUAUGAUAUCUGGGGAAACACAGUUAAUGUGGCUAGCAGAAUGGAUUCCACAGGACUCAUGGGAAGUAUACAGGUAACUGAAGAGACAGCAGCAAUUUUGCAAAGUGCAGGUCUACCAUGUGAAUGUAGAGGACCAAGGCAUAUUAAAGGAAAAGGAACUCUCGUUACUUAUGUUUCAAAACUUAACAGCAAAUCUAAUGAAGGUGCAUUUUCCUCAUCCACCUCCCUUAUAAUGGGAGGUUACCGGAAACCCUCCCUUGGGAACAGCUUUGAAGAAACAAGUUACGGUAAAAUUUCAAUUGUUCCUCGUGAAAGAGUUACAAACUAUUAUGGAAAUGCAAUAGAAAGUCCCCCUAAAACAUCACCACAUGCUGAUGAUGUUCAGAAGGAUAAAAACUGCAAUUCUCCUCGGAAAGUUAGUGUCACUAUGAAAGACAUAGUACCUCCUGCUACUAAAACUUUGUUAACAGAUGUCAGUAAUUUACAUAGUGCCGUUUCAGGUAAAGUUGAUGGAGAAUCAGACCAGGGGAUUAGGGUAAAUAAUCAGUCAGUAGACAAUAAGUCUACAGCUGACUGCAGAAGACAAAGUUUGCCUAAUGAUUCAUGUCCUGUUGGUGAUGGCCAGAAUAAACCAGCAGCUCAAAUUGCAACAUUAGCGUCUCCCAAGAAAUCUCGGCUGGCAAGAAAUGCAACAAUUGAUUCCUGUGGCAUAGAGUCAACAAUUACUCCUUCACUGAAACAUCACCCAGUUAACUCUAAUUCUGGUAAAUCAUUGCGUCAUUCAGGAAGUGUUGAGUCAAAUGGUAUUGCAAACAAAACCAAAAAACCUUUCAAUCAAUCAUAUUCUACCAGUUCUUCCAAAACCUUUGAAAUUAAUCAUGAUAAUGGGGACCAUCCUCAUACUAAAGACAUUGGUGGACCCCAUUGUAAUGAAACCAACGAAUCAAAGUCCGACAAUGUCAUUAUCAAAUCCUAUGUUCUUUUAGAUACUAGAGAAUUCAAUGAUUCUGGCUGUAAUUUAAUUGAAGAGUCGUCCACAAGCUCUGAAUGCACAAAUAGUAACGUGUCGAUUGAAAAUGAGAAAACGUGCAACAGUUAUAAAUAUAACUCUGUAGACAGUGCAGUGGGUGUGAAUUCAGUGUCUGGAAAUAAAAAAUCAGAUUUGCAGUCAUCUCAAACAGAACAGAAUGAGCAAAGAACUGCAGUUAAAAUUGAGGGUAAGGAUAAAAACUCUGUAUUUUCAGCUAAUGGGAGAUCACCAUUAGCUAGGCUGUCAAGAGUUAGAUCUGUUGAUACUUAUUCUACAUCUGAACAUCCCAAGAAGAAAGAUGAUCAUAGGAGAAUAUCAAUGAUAAAUUAUGUAAAUGGAGCUGAAAGUACUGUCACUUUAACAGAUGAUAUAACUGGAUCUCUUACUCAGGCAAAGACUGAUAAAAAUCAAGACCCAGCUUUUACGAACUCUAUUGUGGGAAUGAAAUCAAAUGCAUUCACCAACAGUGGUCUUAUUGGUAAAAAGAACCAAGUCUUUGUUUGAUUAGUGUAAAGUUAUUUUGUGGGUUUAGUGAUAUUUUGUGUAUGUGCACAUUUACUAAUACUACUUACAGUGUGUCCAAUAGCUACAAAGAGAGCAGGGUCAUGCUCAGACAAGCUUCACUGCCAGCAGAGUUGUGGCCAUAUCUGCUUUGAAGUGAAUGGGACUGGCAACAAAAACUAUGCUUCCCAUUCUUGUGUAUGAAUUUUCCAUAAAUGUAUGUGUGCACCUUACUUAUAUCAUAACAGCGUUCUGACUGUUCUUUUGUUUGUCAUAAUUAUUCCACAUGUGAAAUCCCAUAAUGAGGUUGUUUUAGUGAAUGACAUAUAAACAUAUCAAGGUCUCUUGUUAUCUUGAAAUUUUUUUGUAAAAUUAAGACAAGCUGUUUUAUGCAAUGCACUACUCUUGUUGCUGAAAAUCAUUAGCUUUAAUGAUAACCAAAACCUAAUGUGAGCUUGUGAGCACAAGAUGUCUGCAAAAUACAAAAUGUGAGAGUGGUCCAGUUUCUGUGUGCCCAUUCAGUAAUUGUUUGUGCACAUUACGAAAAAAAAAUUAAGUUUAGAAAUGUAUUUUUAAAGAACUAUAUUUUGACAUAUAAAGUAAUUUUAUACUCUCAUCAAUUCAUUAAAGUGACAGUUUGCAAACAUUUCAUCUUCAGUAUUGAGUAGCUUUAUCAAGUUUAGAAAUUAUGAUUAGACCAAACAAAUGUACUACUGUAUCUUUAGGGCUUUUUAAUGGUUUGGUGAAAAUAAUUUUCUUCUAUUGAUUUUAGUUUUAUAUUUUCAUAACUAUACAUAGCAUUUACAAACCUGUUUUUAUUUUGUUAAUCACAGGCUUAAUCUUGCCUAUACUUGUGUAUGUGUGUGGUAUACAUAUAGUACAUAUGUCUGUAUAUAUACUUUUUAUAUAUAUACACAUAUACAUAAUGUAUCAAAGUAUGAAUGCGAGGGUAUGAGUAUUGUGUAUUGAACUGUUAUAUGGACUGGCGUUUUGUUAUUGUGAUAAAUGAAUGCAGUACUGUAUAUCAUUAUUGCAGGGUAUAGGAAUAAAUAGUGACUCCUUUUCAAGCAUUCUGCAAGAGUACAUGUACAGUAAUAUAAUUUUUAUAUAUACAUGAUUUUUUAAUGUACAAUGCUAUUUUUAAAAAUUAAGGUUUUUUAGUAGUAUUUCUACUUGGUAAUAAGACUUGACUAUAAGCACCCAUCACUAUUUCCAGAUUUAACAGUUCAGAAAUUUCAUUUUUCUUUAUUAUGUACAGUAUAAAAAUUGAAAGUGUCAGGGUGCAAUACCUUCUUUCAAAAUUAGUUCUCCUGAAUGUGUACCUACUUAAUUUGCUAAUAAGAAAUUAGUAGCAACUUUCCAAUUACUGUACAUUACAGGGUAUAUCAUACGUACUUUAAUUCCUGGUCAUUUAUUCCACAUUAUAGUUUUAGUCUUUUAACAGUACAGGAAUAAUGUAUAAUUCUCUUAAAGAAUAGGUAUUUUUCUUUAUAGUUUAAGUAUUGCCCAUGGUGUACAGUGUCAACAUUUAGUCCCCCCUUAAAAAAAUGCUUGUAGUAUCACAAUUGAUUUUGUGAUAAAAAAAAAAAGUUCAACUGGGUUGACGUUAUGAUAGGAACUGUAUUCCUAAACAAUGUUACUAUUUCAUGACCACUUGUUGUAAUUUAAACUUCUCUGUUAAAAUGUAAAAUUGUUAUACUUAUGUUGAUAUCACAAUGUGCCAAAGCAAUUCAUUUGGGAAUUCAGUACAUUCUAGUGUAUAGCUAUAUAUAUAAAAAUAUAUAUAAAUUAUGCAGUAAAUAGAUAGCAUCCAUUAUCUUUUUAUUUUUGCAGGACUUUCAUUGCAAUAUUGUGAGAGGUUUAUUGCACUCAUUUGCAUAAAUUUCUAUAUUAUUAAAUGUUUCCCUGUAUUUUCUUUAU